CUGUGCGGGAGGGGGCGCGGCGUUGGCCGGGCUGGCGCCCGACCCCAGCUGCCCGUCCAGCGGGCCACGCGCCCCCCGCCCGCUGCCCCAAGACCCCCAGGCUCAACCUGGUUCAAAAAUGUCCAGCAAUGACAAAGAACCGUUUUUUGUGAAGUUUUUAAAGUCCUCAGACAAUUCUGAAUGUUUUACCAAAGCUCUCGAGUCAAUGAAAGAAUUUCAAUCAGAAGAGUAUCUUCAGGUUAUUACAGAAGAAGAGGCAUUGAAGAUAAAAGAGAAUGAUAGAUCACUUUAUAUCUGUGACCCUUUCAGUGGCACUGUCUUUGAUCACCUUAGAAAGCUUGGCUGCAGAAUUGUAGGUCCUCAGGUAGUCAUAUUUUGUAUGCAUCAUCAACGAUGUGUCCCAAGAGCUGAACAUCCAGUUUAUAAUAUGGUUAUGUCUGAUAUAACUGUAUCUUGUACAAGCCUGGAAAAAGACAAAAGGGAUGAAGUUCAUAAAUAUGUACAAAUGAUGGGCGGACGAGUAUUCAGAGACCUUAACGUAUCAGUAACUCAUCUUAUUGCAGGAGAAGUUGGCAGUAAAAAAUAUUUAGUUGCUGCAAAUCUAAAGAAACCCAUUUUGCUUCCGUCUUGGAUAGAAACACUUUGGGAGAAGUCACAACAGAAUCAAAUAGCCAGAUAUACUGAUAUAAGCAUGGAAGAAUUCAAGUGUCCUAUUUUUCUUGGUUGCAUCAUCUGUGUGACUGGCUUGUGUGGCUUGGACAGGCGGGCAGUUCAACAACUGACAGUUAAGCACGGAGGCCAGUACAUGGGACAGUUGAAAAUGAAUGAAUGUACACACCUCAUUGUUCAAGAGCCAAAAGGUCAGAAAUAUGAAUGUGCUAAGAGAUGGAAUGUACACUGUAUAUCCACACAAUGGUUUUUUGACAGUAUUGAGAAAGGUUUUUGUCAGGAUGAAUCUAUGUACAAAAUGGAACCUAGACCGGAAGUGAAAACUGUACCUGAUUCUUCAACUCCUACUGGCCACACCAACCAAAUUGAUAAUCGCACCCUUUCAGAUGUCAGUCAUAUUUCUAACAUAAACGCAAGUUGCGUAAAUGAAUCAAUGUGUAAUUCAGUUCUCAACAGCAAAUUGGAGCCUACACUGGACAACCUGGAUGUCAGUGCAUUUCAGGCACCUGAGGAUUUGUUAGACGGUUGUCGGAUAUACGUUUGUGGCUUUAGUGGCAGAAAACUCGAUAAACUCAGAAGGCUUAUUAACAGUGGAGGUGGCGUUCGUUUUAAUCAGCUUAAUGAAGAUGUAACUCAUGUAAUUGUGGGAGACCAUGACGAUGAGUUGAAGCACUUUUGGAAUCAAUCAGCCCACAGGCCUCAUGUGGUGGGAGCAAAAUGGUUGCUCGAGUGUUUCAGUAAAGGUUACAUGCUUCCUGAAGAACCAUACGUCCUUGCUAACUACCAGCCAGUGGAAAUGCCGAUCUCGGAUCAACCUGAAGGCAGAAUCACUGUACAAAACAAUAGCAGCGUUCCUAAAACAGACUUGGCCCCCAAGGAAAACCACAAGCAAGCCGAUGAUGAUUUGCUCUCUCAAUAUGUAAAUAAUCACACCACAGUAGUUGAGGCUGAGAAGGCUAAAGCUGCCAAGUCUGAGGUUGGGCCGUGUCAUGAUUCUACCCACGUUGAACCCUUUAAUGAUUCCACUCACAUUUCAUUACAAGAAGAAAACCAGUCUUCUGUCAGCCUUUGCCUCCCUGAUGCUUCCACAAUUACUGAAGAAGGCUUGUUUAGUCAAAAGAGUUUCCUUGUUUUGGGUUUUAGCAAUGAAAAUGAAAACAACAUUGCAAAGAUUAUAAGAGAUAAUGCUGGAAAAAUCUUAACUCCUCAAAGCAGAACUGUUGCUGACUACGCUGUGGUUCCUCUGCUGGGGUGCGAAGUGGAAGCAACUGUUGGAGAAGUUGUUACAAAUACGUGGCUGGUUGUUUGUAUAGACUGUCAGACCUUAGUUGAGCCAAGCUCGAAUCCCCUCUUCACACCAGUCCCAGUAAGGACAGGAGCGACUCCUUUAGUGGAUUGUGUUCUUUCCUUUAGCCAGUGUGCUGGAGCAGAAAAAGAUUCUCUGACAUUUUUAGCAAAUCUCCUAGGAGCAAGUGUUCAAGAGUUCUUUGUACGCAAAGCCAAUGUCAAGAAAGGAAUGUUUGCCAGUACGCAUCUUGUGUUGAAAGAGCCUGGUGGUUCUAAAUAUGAAGCUGCAAAGAAGUGGAACGUACCUGCAGUCUCUGUAGCGUGGCUCUUGGAAUCUGCUAGAACGGGAGAGAAAGCAGACGAAAACCGUUUUCUUAUUGAAACUUCAUUUAAAAAAGAACAAAGUUUAGAAACUGAAAUAACAAAUGGAGUGAAUCCAAAUCCAGAACUACUAGAGCAUCCUGGCAGACACCUGGAGACCCACAGGAAAACAGCUGUUACACCCUUGGAUAUGAACCGCUUUAAGAGUAAAGCUUUCCAGGCUGUGAUCUCCCAACAUGUCGGCCAGGGGCCCGCACCUCCAGCCGCAGCACAGCCACUUCAGAAAGAACCUUCGUUACACCUGGACACACCAUCAAAAUUUCUAUCUAAAGACAAACUUUUUAAGCCUUCUUUUGAUGUGAAGGAUGCACUUGCUAUCCUGGAAACUCCAGAAGGUUCCAGCCAAGGAACCAAGAAACUGAAUACCCCUCUCUCAGAAGUCAUUGUCAAAAACUUGAAACUUGCUUUGGCAAAUAGUUCUCGCCAUGCAGCUGCUGUCUCUGCCAGCCCUCAACUGAAGGAUGUGCAAGCAAAGAAGGGACAGGAGGAUGCACCAAAGCCACUUCACAAAACCGUGGUUUGUGUCAGUAAAAAGCUCAGCAAGAAGCAGAGUGAACUGAAUGGGAUUGCGACCGCUCUGGGAGCAGAAUGCAGGUGGAAUUUUGAUGAAACAGUGACUCAUUUCAUCUAUCAAGGGCGGCCCAAUGAUAAUAAUCGAGAGUAUAAAUCUGUGAAAGAAAGAGGGAUACACAUUGUUUCAGAGCACUGGCUGCUGGAGUGUGCUCAGGAGCAAAAGCGUCUUCCGGAAUCUCUUUAUCCGCAUACGUAUAAUCCCAAGAUGAGCCUGGAUAUCAGUGCGGUACAGGAUGGCAGAGCCUGUAAUAGCCGGCAGGCCUCGGUUGUCUCGAUGACAGAGGAUGAAGAGACAGACCAUUUGCCUUUAGAAGAAGGUGAUACAGAUAACACGAUCACUGAUAACAAAGAAUCAGCACCAUCAAUUGAAAAUGGAACAAAUGACUGUAAAGGAGCUCUGACGCAGACGUUGGAGAUGAGGCAAAACUUCCAAAAGCAGCUGCAGGAGAUCAUGUCGGCCACAUCCAUCGUGAGGGCUCCGGGCCAGAGGUCCUCCCUCUGCAGAAGUGCUUCUAACAGUGCCUCGUCGACGCCCGACAGCAUUCGCUCCGCUCGAAGUGGACGCAGCAGAGUGCUGGAGGCACUGAGGCAGUCUCGUCAAGCAGCACCUGAUAUGAACACUGAACCCUCUCAGAGCGAACAAAUCAUUUGGGAUGACCCCACGGCAAGGGAGGAGAGAGCGAGACUCGCCAGCAAUUUGCAGUGGCCUAGUUGUCCCACACAGCUCUCCGAGCUUCAGGUUGACGUUAAGGCACUGGAGGAUUCUCCUUUCCAGGAACCCUUACGUGAUUCAGAGAUCGCCGAGCACGCUGACUGUGAUCCUGGGCACAAGUGUGUGACUGAAGCUACAACAACGCUCCCCGUCUCAGAAGAAACAGAAACUCCAGCUAAAGAGAGCCCCUUCAUCCCAACGCCUCAAGCCCCCAGCAUCGCCUUCCCGCUGGCCAACCCGCCUGUGGCUCCGCCCCCGAAAGAAAAGGUUAUAAUGAGAGAAGAGGCUCAAGAAGAAUUUAAAAAACAGUACAUAUUUCAGUUGUCCUCUCUGAAUCCUCAAGAACGUAUUGAUUAUUGUCAUCUGAUUGAAAAAUUAGGUGGAUUAGUGAUAGAGAAGCAGUGCUUUGACCCCAAAUGCACACACAUUGUGGUGGGCCAUCCGCUGAGAAACGAGAAGUACUUAGCCUCUGUGGCCGCCGGCAAGUGGGUGCUCCAUCGCUCCUACCUGGAAGCGUGCAGAACCGCAGGCUGCUUCGUACAGGAAGAAGACUAUGAAUGGGGCAGUAGUUCCAUACUGGAUGUUCUGACUGGAAUCACGGAGCAGCAAAAAAAACUAGCGAUUGCAGCCAUGCGGUGGAGGAAGCAAAUCCAGCAAAGACAAGAGUCGGGCGUUGUGGAGGGGGCAUUUAGCGGGUGGAAGGUGAUCUUACAUGUUGAUCGUACCCGAGAAGCCGGGUUCAGACGCCUUCUUCAGUCCGGAGGAGCGAAGGUGCUACGUGGUCAUUCUGUUCAUUUAUUCAAAGAAGCCACACAUCUCUUUUAUGACUUUAAUAAGCUGAAGCCAGACGACACAGGAAUUAACAUGGCAGAUGCUGCUGCACAGAACGUGCACUGCUUGAAAACAGAAUACAUUGCCGAUUACCUGAUGCAGGAGUCUCCUCCUCCUUUUGAGAAGUACCACCUCCCAGGAGCAGCCGCCUUUGACAAGAGUGAGGGGCCUGAGCCUGACUUGUCACAGAAGAGGAAGGCUCCUGCCGAGAAGAACAAGCUCAAGCGACCCAGGGUGCAGUGACCACGUGCACAGUUUGGUUGGCACUGACCCACAUGGGCAUCAGAACAGCUGCGUGUUCCUAGGUGGAUGUGUGUGCAAAAAUGAGAUCCUGACGGAUUGCACUGCGGGGCAGUAGUGACUCCAUGUGAAGUUUUUAACACCUGAAAUUUCAAUCACUGAAUACUUAAUGAAAAGUUACCUGAAAUAAAACAGGAAAAUACAACUCCCCAAUUAGAUUUUUGUGAAAACUAUAGUGUGCAAAAGGCUGUUUAUUUUUCUUGUAAAUAUCUGAGGCUGUAACUUAAAGUUUUAAGCAAAGUGAUGGAUUCUGCUCUAAAAUACCUGCCUUAAUUCAUAACGAAGCGUGUCAUUUGGAAUUUAUAUAUGUUUUCCCUGCUUUACCUUCUUUCCUGUUGUACCUUUUUAUCAGGAGCCUGAGCACACUGAGAAAACUGGAGCUUUAAACUUAGAUGUGUGUGUAUAUAUGUAUAUAUGUGUUUGUACAAACCUCCAUGAUGUUUACCAAGUUUGGGUGUCAAAACUUGGAAAAUGUGACAAUAAAGAUUACCAGUAGUGACUCAGAUUAGUACUUAAUGUGCGUUCAGAUAGAAAUUUCCAGAAGAAAACAUCCUAGUCCAUUCUGUUGAAACAAUAAAUUUGUAAAACACAGGUUUUUAAAAGGA